AUGGAGGUGGCAGCGCUUGGUCGGCCUUUCAGCGUGGGGAUGCUGUACGACUGUCGCAGUGACGCACUCGUCCCUGGAUUGACUCUGUGGGAUCGUGAUGACCUGAUGAAAGAUAUAGCAGAAAGACCACAGGCCUCUAAUGAGUUUGAAAUUGUUGCAUCUGAAUCAAUUUCUGGCAAAUCUUCAGCUCUAAAUGUUGAUGCUUCACUGAAGGCAAGUUUCCUGAGUGGACUGGUUCAGGUUGAUGGAUCUGCCAAAUAUCUGAAUGAUAGUAAAUCUUCCAGAAAUCAGGCCAGAGUAACACUGAAGUACAAGGCAACCACAAAGAUCCAGGAGCUGUCCAUGAAUCAUCUUGGAAGAGGAAAUGUGAAGCAUCCAUAUGUUUUUGAUCAAGGCUUAGCAACACAUGUAGUCACAGCUAUUCUUUAUGGAGCACAAGCUUUCUUUGUGUUUGACCGUGAAGUUUCUGAACAGGAAAAUCAUCAAGAUGUUCAGGGUAACUUGAAGGUGAUCAUCAAGAAGAUUCCCUUACUUUCUAUAGAGGGUGAAGGUUCCCUGAAGAUGGAAGAGAAAGACAAAGAAAGUGUUCAUAAAUUCUCCUGCAGGUUUUAUGGAGACUUUUGUCUUUCAAAACCACCAACAACCUUUCAAGAUGCAAUAAAAGUCUACCAAAGCCUGCCAGGAUUACUGGGAGACAAAGGAGACAAAGCUGUACCAGUGAAGGUCUGGCUGCUGCCACUGACAUGUUUAGAUUCUUCUGCUGCUAAACUCGUCCGUCAGAUCAGUAUAGGAUUAGUUCAAGAAGCACAGAGAGCCCUGGAGGACUUCAGUGAGCUGGAAAUGAGGUCCAAUGAUGUACUGGGAACCAGCACUGCACAGCAGUUCCCACAGAUUGGUAAAACAAUUAAAACUUUUAAAGAAAUGUGCUCUGAGUUCAAACUGGAAUUCCAACAAACUUUGGCAAAGAAACUUCCAUCAAUCCGAGGAGGAGGAGAAGAGGAAGCUGAGCUUGCAGAGAUCCUGAAGAAGAGACAUUCUUCACCUUUCAACAGCAAAAACCUGAAUGAGUGGAUGGACUGUAAAGACAGAGAAGUUGACACAUUAAUGUCUUUUACCAGGAUGAUGAAAAACACCAAAAUCAUCUCGUCUCAAAAUGAUCUGUACAAGGAAAGUCUCAGUGCAGAGCAUGUUGUGUGUUUUGUUUUCACCUCUCUGGGAAAGGAUGAACCGUACCUCUCAGCUUUAUCAAAAUACUUAAAAGGAGAAACCAACCCAGACCUUCAAGAUCCUCACACUCAUGAUGUAGAGAAGGAACAAUGGUACGCCUCAAAAGAAGUAACAGCUGAAAUGAGGAGAAAAGCAAAACUCUUCAGUGAUUUUGCAGAGGCCAACAAGAAGAACAAGAACAUGAAGUUCCUGACAGUGGGUUUAACUAAUGAGACACAGGAAGGUUCCAGCAUCUACCUUUAUGAAGGUGGAUUUCCUGUCAGUGAGAACUUUGAGCCUCCUUCAAAGCCUGAAACUGUGACAGCAGCUGACAGAAACCACAACAGUGUGACACUGAAGAUUUCUCCACCCAGAUUUGGAGCAGAGAACAUCACCUCCUACUCUGUUGAGUACUGUGUCAGUGGAGAGGAUGGAUGGCAGCAGAAGACAGAAGCAAAGGCUGAAGAAGUCACAGUGAGAGAUCUGAAGCCAAACACAGAGUAUGUGUUCAGAUGCAGAGCAGUGACCUCAGCAGGUGUCGGGCCGGAUAAUCAAGUUUCUAUUAAAACCUUACCCUGCAGCCCUCCUGGAAAACCUCGAGUUGAACCAAAUUCAUCUGAGAUAUCAGUGAGCUGGGAGAAACCUGCUGAGCUCGGAGAGGAUGUGCAGAUAUUGAGUUACGUGGUGGAAUACGCAAAAACAGAUAUCAAUUCAACACUAAAUGACCUCAAGUGGACUCAAACAAUUUCAGGAGGUGAGAAGGCCAUCAUUUCAGGGCUUCAGUCAGAGACACAAUAUGCAGUCAGGGUCAGAUGUGAUUGUGGUUCAGCUGGAAGAAGCAAAGAAAGCAUCACUGUUAAAGUCUACACAACAUUUAACUCCCUCGCAGAACUUCUCAGGAUUAAAAGUGCAAAGAUCAAAUCUGAUUCCCCCUCAGUUUACAAACUGCCUCUGACAGAAGAACACACAAACAUAGAUGGAUGCAGGAAGUUUAACUUUGGAGAAGAAACUGAGAGGCAGAAUCGUACAAUAAUGCUUUUUGGAGCGACUGGAUCAGGAAAGUCCACUCUGAUCGAUGGAAUGAUCAACUACAUUGUUGGUGUAGAGUGGGAGGACAGUUUCAGGUUUAAAUUCAUUAAUGAGGAUCAGUCAACAUCACGAGCUCACAGUCAGACCUCUGAAGUCACUGUUUACAAAAUCAACCACCAGGAUGGAUUUAAAAUCCCGUUCUCUCUGACCAUCAUUGACACUCCAGGCUUUGGAGAUACAAGAGGCAUAGAAAGAGACAUAGAGAUCAUAGAGCAGCUACGUAAUCUCUUCACUGCUCAGCGUGGUGUCACUGACAUUGAUGCUGUGUGUUUUGUAGCACCAGCUGCUCAAGUGAGAUCCACAACACAGAAAUAUGUGUUUGAUUUAGUUUUCUCAAUCUUUGGCAAAGAUGUGGCAGAAAACAUCAGGAUUCUGGUGACAUUUGCAGACGUUCAGAGACCUCCAGUUCUAGAGGCGAUCAAUGAGGCAGGAGUCCCAUGUCCUAAAACAAAAGACGGGCUGCCGGUUCACUUCAAGUUCAAUGAUUCAGCCUUGUUUGCAGAAAACACAUGUGUCAAAAAACGCACAGAUGAUGCUGUUGAUGACAAUUACAAUGACGAUGAAGAACAAUAUAAUCAUGAUGAAUAUAAUGAUGAUAUUAGCUUUAAUGAGAUGUUUUGGAACAUGGGGACAAAAAGCAUGGAGAUAUUUUUUGCUGCUCUGAAUGUGAUUCAAACUAAAAGCUUGACACUGACACAGGAGGUCCUCAGAGCAAGAAAGCAGCUCGAGGAAUCAGUGGAAGAUUUGCAGGAGCAGAUUAAACUUGGAUUAGCCAGGUAUGAGGAGUUACAAAACACAAGAGAAAAACUUGGUGAACACAGGGAAGAAAUCAACAGAAAUAAGAACCCUGAGUUUACAGUUGCUGUCAUGAAGCCUUAUAAAGAUCAUAUUUCUGGUAAAGGAAACUUCCUCAUCAACUGUCAGCAGUGUCAUGUCACCUGUUACUAUCCCUCCUCCACAUCCAGGGAUUCAGAGAAAGAAGGCUGUGAAGAAGCUGCAUCACAUGGAUUCUGCACCGAGUGUCCAGGCAAAUGUCACAUUAAUGUCCAUUUUUUACAGAAGUACAAAUGGGAGUAUCGGGAGGUUAGAGAGAAACAUACAGUGAAAGAAAAAUAUCCAAAAACCAACGAAGAUCAGACAGUUGUUGAAGGACUGAGGGAUGAAGAGCAUCAUCUGCGAAAUGAGGUGAGGAAACUACUGCAGAGAUCUGCUCGGUGUCUGGACAGACUUAGAGAGAUAUCAGUGAAGCCAAAACCUCUCUCCACUGAAGAGUACAUCAAGCUGCUUAUUGACGGAGAAAAAUCAGAGACCAAACAAGGCUGGGAGGAACGAGUUAAAGCCCUGAGAGCCAUAGGACGAAGGGACAUUUUUAGUAAAAUUAGACGACUGCUUAAGUCACGUUGA